AUGAAAACAAAGAUACUACUCGCACUUUUAACCGUGGUGCUUAUUUCGACGACCGUUGAGAAGGGGGUAUCCUCCUUAGACAUUGCGGAACGAGGGUGCUUGAGCCUUGUUGCAGAAGGUGGAGACAUUAUUUGCGAUCUUAAUGGACAUAAGAUGUAUACACGAUUUAAUGGUGGCAACUGCUCUUUGGGUUGCUUCGGCGGAAACUUUUGGGUCAGACUGCCCGACGGAGUUUGUAGUGUGGUGGGACUAAAGGAAUGCACGGAUGAGGUGAAAACAAUACUCAUUGAAUGGAAAGCGAAAUUGAAGGUACGACUACUAAACACUAAGGAAGUUAAGUGUCCACCUCGAAGUGAGAGCAGGAGCUUCCAAGAUUGA